AUAUAUAUAUCCUCGUAGCUUUGCAGCCUCCUAGCUUUGCUCCUCUUUUCUCAUCUUUAAUUUCUCGAUCACUAACUAGCUAUAUGGCCGCCGCCGCAGCCACCGCCACCCUCUCGAGCGCUGCUUCCCUAAUUGCCUUCUCUCGCCGGGGCUUUGCCGGCGUGAAAGUGUCGACCUGCCCUCGCCCUAUGUUCGGAGUGGAGUUGGGGCAGGUACGGGGGAGGGUGUGCGCCAUGGCGACGUACAACGUGAAGCUGGUGACCCCGAAUGGUGACUACGCCUUCAAAUGCGACGACGAUGUUUACAUCCUGGACCAGGCGGAGGAGGAAGGAAUAGAGCUGCCGUACUCGUGUCGGGCGGGUUCCUGCUCCUCCUGCGCCGGAAAAGUGGUGAAUGGAGGGGUGGAUCAGUCGGACGGCAGUUUCCUGGAUGACGACCAGAUAGACGCGGGCUAUGUGCUCACCUGUAUAGCCUUUCCCACUAGUGACGUCGUCAUCGAGACGGACAAGGAGGAGGAGCUCACUGGCUAAUUAAUUAAUUAAUUAAUGGAAUUAAGAUUAAUUAUAUAUAUUAUGAAUUGCCAGUUGUUUAAUUAGUUUCUGCCCAUUAAUUAGUUCAAUUCUACUUAAUUACUUUUGGAUGCAUGGGAUGGAUGCAUGCUUCCAGUGAAGUAACGUUCGUUUCUCCUGAUUGUCGUUGCGAGAGUAGUGCACGGGUCAUAAUAAUAUUGUUAUCGCCUUCGAAGAGAUAUUGCUCUUCACGAGAAUAUAUAUAUAUCUGCUGUUUUAAUU